AUGUUAAGGGACUUCGCUAAGGUCACACGUCAGGUCCUCUACUUCCGAAGUCCCACCCCUUCUCCUGGGUACCACAAUGCCUCCUCUGAUAAGAAGGCACCUAUAUGUCCACCAUCUAAACGGACUCGCUCCAGUCCAGGUUCGGGGUGGGGUGGGAGUACGGACAGCGACUUCAACUUUCUAUUCAAAAUACUAAACUCAGCGGGCUGUGUCGGAAGAGGAGGUGCCUUUCUUUCUCGGAGCCGUCGCGGAGACAGUGCCAGGGGGCAGCAGGUGCCGGGGGCCCCGCGCUUGGCCGAGAUCUCUCUUCCUUCCAUCCGCGGGACGAGUCGCCCUCGCAGUUUGGGAAAGGAGAGAAGGAGGGGUGGGAGGGGGCGUCCAGACCAGUUGGCCGCGGCGAUCAGGGCUUUUCUGGCCACGUUGCGCUUCUGUCCUUUCUGCUCUCGUUGGCGACCCUUUUCCGAGCCCCCCCGUGACUCAUUAUAUAUGCUGUUGAUUACCAUAGCUAUAGGUUUGCUUCUAACACUCAAUAAAGACAAACUUUCAUUUUCAGAUCUUUCAAGAAAUCGAUUUACAGAGAUUCCUUCUGAUGUCUGGUUAUUUGCACCUCUCGAGACCCUAAAUUUAUACCAUAAUUGCAUCAAAGCCAUUCCUGAAACCAUAAAAAACCUGCAGAUGUUAACAUACCUUAAUAUUAGUCGAAAUCUUUUAUCAACGCUGCCAAAAUAUCUGUUUGAUCUCCCGCUUAAAGUUUUGGUUGUCAGUAAUAAUAAACUGGUAUCCAUUCCCGAAGAAAUAGGGAAAUUAAAAGACUUGAUGGAAUUGGAUAUUAGCUGCAAUGAAAUUCAAGUCCUUCCCCAACAAAUAGGAAAAUUACAUUCACUUAGAGAACUAAACAUAAGAAGAAACAAUCUUCAUAUGUUACCAGAUGAAUUGGGAGAUCUCCCUUUAGUUAAGCUGGAUUUUUCUUGUAACAAAGUGACAGAAAUUCCAGUUUGUUAUAGAAAACUCCGUCAUUUACAAGUGAUCAUUUUGGAUAACAAUCCAAUGCAGAUACCACCAGCACAGAUAUGUUUAAAGGGUAAAGUACACAUAUUUAAAUUCUUAAAUAUUCGAGCAUGUUGCAGAAUAGGAAAGAAGCCAGACUCCUUGGAUCUUCCUUCAUUAGGUAAAAGAAUUCCAUCUCAGCCUCUCACAGACAGCAUGGAAGAUUUCUAUCCAAAUAAAAACCAUGGUCCUGAUUCUGGUAUUGGAAGCGAUAAUGGAGAGAAACGAUUAUCGACAACUGAACCAUCUGAUGAUGACACAAUCAGCCUCCACUCUCAAGUAUCCGAAUCGACCAGAGACCAGACUCUGAGAAAUGACAAUCACUUGAUGGGGAGCAAACUUGAUUCUCAUAAAGACCAGGAGGUGUAUGAUUACAUUGACCCCAACCCAGAGGAUGUAGCAGUUCCUGAGCAAGGAGAUGCGCAUAUUGGAUCGUUUGUCUCUUUUCUGAAGGGAAGAGAAAAAUAUUCUGAGAAAUCUCAGAAAAACGAAGAAUGGGGAGAUGAGAAAAGGAUUCAGAAAGAGCAGUUGCUUGCAGAGGAAGAGGAUGAUGAUUUGAAGGAAGUUACAGAUUUAAGGAAAAUAGCUGCUCAGUUAUUGCAGCAGGAGCAGAAGAACAGGCUUCUUAAUCAUUCAUCUUCAGUAAACCCAAGAAACAGACCUAAGCAAACUGUGGAAUUUGAAAAAAGUGUCUUGGCAGAUGAAGUAAAUUCUGCAUUGUCACCCUUCAUGUGGCAGCCUUUAGGAAAUCAAAAGGAUCCACUUGAUGAACAGCAGUGGCCUGAAACACAACCCAUAAUCUGGCAGAAUGAAGAAAGGAGGCGAAGCAAACAAAUUAGGAAAGAAUAUUUCAAGUAUAAAUCCUCAAGGAAGAAUUCAAGUGGAAAUGAACAUGAAGAGCAAGACAGUGAUAAUGCUAAUGUGUCCCCACAGUCUCCAGUAUCAUCUGAGGAUUUUGACAGAACUGACAGUUAUUCACACGGUCCAUUUGGCUUGAAGCCUAGAUCAGCUUUCAGCCGUUCGUCUCGCCAGGAAUAUGGGACAGCAGAUCCUGGAUUUACAAUGAGAAGAAAGAUGGAACAUUUAAGGGAGGAAAGGGAGCAAAUACGACAACUUCGUAAUAAUCUUGAAUCGAGGUUAAAAGUAAUUUUGCCUGAUGAUAUUGGAGCAGCAUUAAUGGAUGGAGUAGUUCUUUGCCAUUUAGCCAAUCAUAUAAGGCCACGUUCAGUAGCUAGCAUUCAUGUACCAUCACCAGCAGUGCCUAAGCUAAGCAUGGCAAAAUGUCGAAGAAAUGUAGAAAACUUUCUUGAUGCUUGUAAAAAAUUGGGUGUCUCCCAGGAAAGACUCUGCUUGCCACACCAUAUUUUGGAAGAAAGAGGCCUGGUGAAAGUUGGUGUCACAGUUCAGGCCCUUCUGGAGCUGCCUACUACUAAGGCGUCUCAACUGUCAGCAGCUUGACAUGACUGGAAACAAUUAUGCAAAAACAAAAUCUAGUUUUAUUUAUUUGUACUCAUUUUAAGCGCCUCAACUUUCUGAAUGAA